AUGUGGGAAGCCAGCUGUGACUACCUAGUUCCAAAGAGCUCUACCUUCUGCCUUCCUGCCCACUUGCAGGGCACUGUUCCCAGAGACGCCGGGGUGGCGGGUGGGGGUGGGGAGGGACGGGACUACAAGCCCCAGGAGGUAGUGCACCAAAGAGAGGCGCUCCCGCUGGGCAGCGACCGAACUACAAGUCCCAGGAGGCAGUGCACUAAGGCGAGGCCUGCCGGGGACUGUGGUUCCCCCCGGUCCCGGGCGGGUCGGGGCGCAGGGCCGACACCCACCUGCCAGGGACGGGCUAGAUCGGGCCAGGCUAGCCGGGUAGCUUGGCGUUGGGGCCGAGGCGAAGGCGGCGGGGGUCUGCGCGCAGCGCGGGCUCCUCAGAGCUGGAGGGCGGCGCCGCGGCCUCCACUCGGGCCGCACUGUUUUCGGGGGAAGCUUCGCGGCGACGUCCCGUUACUCCAGGCCUUGCCGGCCCAUGCGGGCUGCCACCGCCACAUAGCCUCUCCCCGCUGCAGCUCCCGCCUUCCCGACCGACCUGCCGCGGACCGCUACAGAUCACCAGCGAGAGAACCAAACAGCGACCUCCGCCUCCCCCGGCCAGACAACAACAAGCGUCCGCAAGGCCCGGCCCCACUGCCCUAAAUGGUCCGCUUAGCUUCGGAACACACAGCUCG